AUGAUCAUAUCAGGUCGUGCUCCUCAUGAUUUACGGGCCCUGCACGAGAAAUACGGCGAGGUAGUGCGCAUUGCACCGGACGAACUGUCUUUCAUCAACAGUGACGCAUGGAAGGCAAUUUAUGGCACUCGUACUGGUCAUAGUCAAAAGAAAAAGGAUCUGCGAUUUUACACACCCACCGCAAAUGGUGCCCCCAACAUCAUCCAGUCCAGUGAUGCUGAUCACUCGCGCUUCCGUCGGUUACUAUCACAUGCUUUCUCUGACAGCUCGCUGCGUGGACAAGAGCAUAUCAUUAAAGGCUAUAUUGAUCUCUUCAUACAACGUUUGAGAGAAGUUUCGGAAGGUGGUAACAAGACAGUUGAUAUGGUCAAGUGGUACAACUUUAUCACUUUUGAUAUCAUUGGAGAUUUAGCCUUCGGUGAACCGUUCGAUUGCCUGAGAAACUCCAACUAUCAUCAAUGGGUUCUUAUGGUGAUUGGCUGGAUGAAAGUAGGUGCUUAUGCAAACAUCGCUCGCCGGCUCCCAGGCUGGAAGUUCGUCCUUCCACUUAUCACGCCGAAGAAGGUGAUUGAGCAAAAGAACGCGCACUACCGUUUAACAGAAGAGAAGGUCAAAGCCCGACUACAAAAGUCGAAUGAAAGACCAGACUUUUUUGGAAACAUCCUCAAACAAAAUGGAUCAGAGAAAGGGUUUAGUUUUGAAGAACUGAUCACGAAUGCGAGUGCUUUGAUCAUAGCUGGCUCUGAAACAACAGCCACCCUUCUCGCCGGCGUAACUUAUCUUCUGCUCAAAAACCCUCAAGUUUUGGCCAAGCUUCAGGAUGAAGUUCGGACAGCCAUUCACGCAGAGGAUGAGAUCACCUUUGAUACCUGCAACCAGCUACCAUAUCUCCAGGCCGUGUUGACGGAAACCCUGAGAAUGUAUCCACCAGUACCCAGUGGACUCCCUCGUAUUGUCGAUGCCCAGGGUGACAUUAUUGCAGGACACUGGGUGCCAGGCGGCACCGUCGUCUCAGUCCCUCACUUGGCCACAUAUUAUUCAGCAAAGAACUUCAAGUACCCAGAAAGCUUUAUCCCUGAGCGCCAUCUUAACGAUGCUCGUUUCGAACAUGACAACAAAGAAGCGCUGCAGCCAUUCAGCUUCGGACCGAGAAACUGCAUUGGUCGCAAUCUUGCUUACGUGGAAAUGCGCAUCAUUCUUGCCUGCAUGGUCUACAACUUCGAUAUGCAAUUGGAUCAGCCUGAUGUUGAUUGGAUGAACCACGAUGGUGGCAUACUUUGGGACAAGCCACCCCUGGAGCUCAAGUUGAUUCCAAGGAUUUAG